AGGCUCCUGCUUGGAGCAGGAUGAUGACUGACACUCAUUUGCCAGCUCUGGCUUUCUCUACUGAGUCUUGAAAAAGCUCUGAGAAGAAAGAUCGCUACCUCUGAGUACAGCACCAAACCACCUUGCAAAUGUUUUUUCUAUUGUGCAGUCUGAACCUCCCAAGCUGUUACUUGUGAUUGGUGCCUCUUGGUUUGUGGUUGGUCAAUACUGAGAAGAGUUUGCCUCUGUUUCAUAAUGCACCUUCCGCUUCUGUUGGUAUUAGAUUAUCCCUAGGCUGCUUCUUUGUCAGACUGAACAAACACAGCUCUAUCACCUGCUUCUCAAACAUCAUCCUCGAGGCUCCAGGCCAUUUUGGUGAAUUUCCGUGUUCUCAAAUUCCUUUUCAACUUGGGGGGCUUAAAAUAAGACACAGUAUUUGAGCUGCAGUCUCACCAGCAUUGAGUUUCCUUUGAUUGCACUCUUCUUGGCUUUCCCUGUUUGCAGUGAGAGCAGACUCUUGGCUCAUAUCCAGCUUGGCAAACAGUGUGAUCCCCGAGUCUAUCUCAGUAAGACGGUUGUUCAAUGGGUCUGUUCCCAGGCUCCACUGAGGCACCCCAGAGGCAGAAUUUUGCACUUCAUGAGGUUCCUGUUGACUUAUUUCUCAAGUAUAUCAAGGUCGAUCUGAAUUGAAUCUCAGUUUGGAGAGUCAAUUACUCUUCCUUGUUUAGUAUCAUCUGUAAAUUUUCUGAGAAUUCAUGCUGUCUUAUUGCUCAGGCUGCUGAUGAAUGUAUUGUAUGAUAUUGGCACCAGUAUCAGCCUUUGUGGUGCUUUUUACCUGCUACCAGCUGGAUGUUGAGCCAUCAAUUACUACCCUUUAAGCUCAGCAGUCCAGGCUGUUGUCACUCGGUAUAACAGGACAUUUCUCCAACCCAUGCCUUUUAAACUUGCUUAUGAGACUGUUGUGGGAAACCAGAUCAGUCCUCAUCACUAAAACCUGGCCUGUGAUUUCAUAUAUUUCUGGUUGACUUAUCAAGCAAAUAUUUGAAGUGUUAGUAAGCAGGGCUAACUUUAUGUAAGAAAAUUCAUGCAGGUAGAAUGGAGUUUGGCAUGUCCUUCAGUCUUCCAAGGGUGACACUAUUUUCUUUGGAGAAGUUCUAGUGCUGAGAAACAUGGCUUCAGUAAAAUAAGAUGUGACAUUCGGAAGCCCCAUAAAGAGUCCAUAUUCCUUAGUUUAAUAGAAAUAGAUGACUUUUUUAAUAAGUAAAUAAAGCUUGUAUGUUUAGAAUAUACAUAUUAUUCCUUUAAAACUAGGUAAGGUCACUAACUAAUUUUGUUUCAAGUAUAUUUUACUACCAUGUCUUAGCAGCUUCACUUUUAGAAAUACUGCAUCUAAAUCCUUCUGUUUCAAAAGACUGGAAUACACACUGUUGAGUAGGCAUUUCUAGCAGCUAAACAGUGCCUAAUGACAUGAGUCUUGUAUUGGUUUACAGACUCGUAAAAUCUUUCCCCAAACCAGCUUUAAGUAAUUUUUCCUGUUUAUAGUGGUGUUUGCUUACUUCAGUUUUUCAUAUUAUGGUGUUAUGAAUGUAUAUAUAUGUAUAUAGUUUUACUGCUCAGCAUUCAGUUAGUCUGAGAAUGAAAGAAUAACCAUAAUUUAAUCUUUUAGUCAACAUGCAGUGAAGGCAGGAACUUAAUAUUAAAUCUGGUUCUGGAAUGAUUUGUAAACAUGGACUCUCUGGUUUCAGUUUUGAAACAUGGAGUCAGUUUUCCACAAUUCUAAGUGGUCAAAAUUGGAGUAGCCAAUAAAUAUUUUGAUCUGAAUCGGGUAUCUGCCUCACUGGAUACAGCAUUUUCACAUAGCUUGCCAGCCACAGCCCGGUAGCCUGGAUCUGUGAUCAUACUCAAUUUCCAGAUGUUUUAAGGAAUUAAACAAUGGUCAACUUUGUCAUGUGAAAGAAGAGAACGAAUAGCCUUGGUAUUAUGGAGGUAAAGCUUGAAAACGAGACUGAUGGCUCUGAAACUGAGAAGCUGAACUCUUUUAUGCUGUUUUAUUUUUUCAGAGCUGGUCAACUGAACAUCUGGGGUUCAGUGAUGGGUUUAAAAGUCUGAGAGGCUUUUUUCUGCUUGGAGACCAUAGGAGUUCUAGAUUCAAUAUGUUUCUGCCAGAAAAGCUUUUUGGGCGAGAGGUUUGUGGUAAUAACUUCUGGUGUCAUACACAGUAAUUUCAUCAACGUAGCAUUAGAAUAAUGGAAGCUGACAUGAGCAACGGUAGCAAGAAGUAACUGGUAACCUGCAGUUCAUACACUGCGUUUAUCCAGGAGAUGUUUUGGGCACAGAUUUUGUUUAGGUCUUUUCUUUUUAUUUUGAUACUUUAAAAAUAAAACCGAUUUCAUCUAAUUGCUUUAGGCUUAUUAGGAAGGGGGCAAAGAGCUGAACAAAUACACUUUUUUGUAUCCUGGAAGCAGAUUGUUGAAGAUAAAGAUUUGCAGUCACAGCUCAGGCAGGAGAAAGAAGUAUUGGCAAAAAUCAUUAGGAGCAAAGUUUCUUCUGCUUUUCUUUGUGAAAUAAAUUAAAAUUUGACAUUGCCUUUGAGAUUUUUUUUAUGAAAUAACACUUUGAAGAGCUUUGUAGUGGCAGUGUGAAUUCAGUGCUUAGAAGCUGGUGCAGAGCAUGGGACAUCAGCCAGCACUUUCUGAUUGGAAAUUGGAUUAUGAGCUUUCUUUUGUUGUUCACCUCUGAUGCUUAUGUGGAAAAAUAGAUCUUCCCAGUGGUAUGAGACAGUGAAAUAAAGUGAAUGGGCAUAGAUGAGCACAGGUAGAUCUUGCAGGUAACUGGCUGAUUAGCAAGGCUGAUUUUUAAUGUAAUAACAUCUGGAAGUUGAUAGCCUUGUGCAGCUUGCAUUCAGAAAAUCUGUCUGUGGCAGAGCUUUUUGUUGCGUUUUAUUUUUUGUCCCCCCUCUUCCACCCUGUAAUUUAGUUUCACAACAUCUUGGCCUGGUGUUUUGGUUUUAACUGAAUGUGGUGAUUAAGGCUUUUGUUUAAGAGGAACAAAGGCAAGCAUGAAUUUAUCCUAAAACUCUACCUGUAUUCAAUAAUUCCUUUGAGUUCUAUAUUGGUGUUUUAUCUCUUCACUGGUGAGAGACAGGUAUAGGUAUGACAAAUAUCCCCCUUUUCUUCUUGAACAUUUUCUUAAACAUCUCAUGUGGAUUACUGUUCUUGGUAAAAUACGUUUUUUGACAUCGGUUCUUGUGAACACAUGAAAAAAACGCCCGCUGUUUGGAUCUUGCUUGUGAGCUUGCUGCUAAUUGGAAUUGCAGCAUGGGGAAUCGGCUUUGGCCUCAUCUCUAGUUUCAGAGUGGUUGGAGUGGUAAUUGCAGUAGGAAUCUUCCUUUUCCUUAUUGCCUUAGUUGGAUUGAUUGGUGCAGUGAAACAUCAUCAAGUCCUGCUAUUCUUUUACAUGAUUAUUCUUUUGCUAGUCUUUAUUGUCCAGUUUUCUGUCUCCUGUGCUUGUUUGGCACUGAACAAAGAACAGCAGAGUCAGCUUCUGGAGGUGGGAUGGAAUAACACUAAGAGCGCGAGAACAGAUAUUGAGAGAAAUCUGAAUUGUUGUGGAUUCAGAGUUUUUGAUCCAAAUGAAACCUGCUCCUCUGACUGUUUUAGAAGUCACCAGUGUCAACCAUGUGCACCAAUAAUAGAAGAAUAUUCUCAAAUGGUGCUGAGAUUUGUUGGAGGCAUAGGACUCUUCUUCAGUUUCACAGAGAUUCUGGGAGUCUGGCUGACGUAUCGCUACAGGAACCAAAAGGAUCCCCGUGCAAACCCUAGUGCAUUUCUUUGAGUUUAUAAAGGACCGAAUCUUCUCUCUGCACCCUCCACUUCAAAAUACUGAUUCUCCAUAGUUUGGUAUUUCUUCAUUACAGGAAUUCUACAUGUACCCAAAAGAAAACUUGAUUUCCAUAAGAAAAUUACAGCUUUCAUAUUUAAUUUCCCACUGUUUUUCUUCUAAGAAUCUCUAUAUUGAAGUAGACUGGUGCAUUCAGUAGCUGGGCUGAGUCAAACUGCUGCCCUGAGCUGAUUAAAUUAAGACUUUGGUAAUUGAUGUGGUGAACUCUAUAUGCAGUGAGAUUUAUAGCACUACUGGCUUCUCUGGUGUCCGAAAUACCCAAAAGUGUUUUCUGCUGUAUUAAUUGAUUGCAAAAUUUCACAUUUCCUCAUUAAAAUGUUAAAAUAUAUAAUGGCUGGUUGGACUGAAUAAUUUGAUUAGUCAUUAAGGCAUUAGGAUGAAAUCUAGUCAACUUCUUUGGCUUGGUAAUGGUCUCCCACUUUCUAGUUAGGGUGAAAAUAGAAGGUAAAGAUGUUAUUUUAUGUGGUGCACGUAAGUGUAUGUCAGUGACUACUGUAGUCUUCAUCCCAGUCCCCCUUCCCUGUUUGUUUUGGCUUUCUGGUAGCUUUAGAAUUUUGUUGAGAAUGAAUAUAAUUCUUUACUUUUAAAUAGAUAUCUUCACUAUGAGAAGAAUGGAUGAAGAAAACCAGGAGAAUGUAAUCUGCAGCUGAUUAACUUGAAACUUUUCUUUCUUGACAAGUGAAUGAAGCUUGGUAUUUGCACAACAUCAGAAUCAGUAGUGGUCUGUUGUCGUUAAUGUAAGAAACUUGAUGUCUGGAAGUUGUUGUACAGCUAUUUUUUUCAGAUGGCGUAAAAUUAUUGUUGUAAUAACUCAGCAGUGUAUAUUCCUCUGUCAUCAAACUAACAGUUGAUUUCAUGAGAGAUUGAACGAUGUAU